UUGAGUUUGAGACCCCUGAUGUAGACAUUGAUUGAAGAUCAAUGAACAAUUUAUUUUAAUGAAUACCCCGAUUCAUAACAAAAUAAAAAGCAAGAAGUCUACUUUAAAUCAUAAAAUAUAGAAGUCUACAUAUGGGUCUACACAUAAAAUAAAGAUAGUUAGUUGCCACCAACGAGAAAUUAUGUCGUUUUUGUAUAAAUAAACACAAACAAUUAGGGACAUAUACAGUGAUGAGCUGGAAAUAUCGUAACAACCGGAACGCACCUAAUUCGCAAAAUUCCGGUGCGUCCCGGCUACAGCUCACCACUGGUCAUAUACGUCCAGAAAUCACAAAGGAUAAAUAUGAAUCUAUAAUUGUUGUCAAGUCGAAGUUACUUAACAUUAUUGCUUAUUGUUGCUUAAUAGUUUACAAUGGUGAUGAUUUGCGGUUGGUCGUGAGUUAAUUGUAAACGAAAGUGAGAAUUUGAACACAACAACAGCAUUCUGAAACAAGAAUCAUGAUCGUGUGCGUAUGUAUGUCACGUACUUAAAUAAUUUGAAUAAAACAACAUUAUUGAUGCACGCACUGGCGUACUUUGUCUUAACUUAUAAUGCAUAUGCACUGGUGCGUAACACAAUGAAAACAACAUAAAGUAUCAAUUCCGGUCCAGUCACACAUAUUCAUAUUUAAACAACGUGUAAACCACAAACAGAGCAUCAGAGUUUUGUUUUCUUCAAGUGAAUCUAAAUAAAAUAAUAUUGUUACUGCACACAUUGACGUAAAUGGCGAAAUAUCAUCAAAACUUAUGAUGUUGCGCUUUGCGUGUUCGCGUUUGAAUUAAAACAAGUAUGCGUUCUUUUGAAUACAAUAUGAAUUGUAUUAUUCGACUCGAAAAAAUAAUAUUUUCUCACAGUGUUAUGAUAUCCGGUUACGCGAAGCACUAGUAACUUACGUUUCACUAAAAGCUCUCGUUUUCGAAUAAAUAAUUCCAAUAGUGCGAAAUAAACACAUUCAGUGACCAACCAGCCUAUUCGGAUGUCUGCGACAGAGACAGAAUUCUAUGCUAAUAUGCCGAAAACCAUAGCAACAUCGGAGGAAAUCUAUGAGGUGCCAAUACCACCAGAGCACGUAAAGAAUACAGGAAAUAAAGAUACAAAUGUUAGAAGAGGACUGAUUACUUUGGCAAUAUUCUUAUCACUGAUUCUUGUGCUCGUCAUUGUUGGCAUUGUGAUCAUCAUGCAGCUCCAAAACGAGAUGAAAAUAGUGAAAGAACAAAUAAUGGACCAAGGCAACCAAUCGCUUGGACAAAUGAAAUUCCUGGAAGAAAAACUAGAAUCUGGAUACAACAAUUCAGUUUCGGAAUUAAAGGAUAUUAUGACUAAUGAUUCCAAAGUGUUCAAUUAGAAACUGCAACAACAGCAACUCCAGAUUGAUCAAGCUUUAGACGAAAUUUCGCGAUUAAACGUUUCUUUUUCUCUUCUGGCAAGGAUUACACAAGCUUUUCCCGAAGAUUGCACGAAAGUUAUUCAAAGCUAUGCAAAAAUUCAGAACACCACCGGUGGAGUCUUUGAUAUCUAUCCAGAGUCGAGAGA